AUGUCUUUCAAUGGUGGUGGUGUAUCCAACUGGACUUUGGUGGCUGCUCCUGCUACUCAUGCCGAAGCAUGGUGCAUGCGGUGUGUCAAUUCCAUUGCGAACAUCCCCGCUGGCUUAUGCCAGAACUCCACGGCCGGUAUUAAAUGUCAAUACUGUCAUCUGCAACAUCAAACUUGCACACCUCCACCAUUGGUGCACGCCCGUGUGCACGACCUCAUCAUCGCGCAAUGCCAAUCUUGCCCAUUGGAGCCAGCUAUCGCUGCUUGGGAUGGCCAUUUGACCUACCAUGAGCUUGAUCAACUAUCUACCCGCCUUGCAACCAAGCUCGCAAAGCUCAAGAUAAUACAGCCUGACAAAAUAGUACCUGUUUUGGUGGAGAGAUCUGUGUGGGUUUCAGUCGCCAUCCUGGGUAUCUUGAAGGCAGGCGGUGCUUUUCUUCUUAUGGAUAUCUCAUUUCCAGAUGAGUAUGUUAAACAAAUUUGUGCAAAGAUUGAAGCUCCGCUUGUUUUGGCAUCCAUUCGUCAAGCCUAUCGUGUGAAACCACCAAGUCCACUUGUUUUAGAGGUGGGAGCUAAUACACUGUUGGCUGAUGAUGAGGAAAAAUGUACACACCUUCAGUCGGCUUACGCACGACCAUCUGAUGCAUGCCAUGGUCUUUUUACCUCCGGAUCCAGCGGGAAUCCUAGAGUUGUCGUUAUAGACCAUGCUGCGGUAUGCACUGCCUGGGCACAGCCGGUAGCCACUCAACUGAUGCUUUCGUCAUCAUCUCGGGUCCUUCAAUCUAAUUCCCAUGCAUUUUGUGCUUGCGUUGUUGAGUACCUUGGGGCCAUGAUCCAUGGAGCUUGUCUAUGUAUAGCUCCAGAGCCGGGCCAAGGAAAUGAUACAAUGAAAACCAUUCGGGAGUUGAACGCCAAUUUUAUCAUCCUGACUCCCUCUGCAUCUCGCUUACUGGAUCCCAACCAGGUCCCCUCACUCCAAGUCGUUGUUUUAGCUGGCGAGGCGCUGGGCCCCCUUGAUCUAGAGAAAUGGCAAGGACGAGUGCAAUUGAAGUGCAUGUAUGGAUUGGCAGAGGUUGCGGCAUUCGCCUUGCUUGCUGAUUUGACCAACCUUAACUCAAACUACCGGGAGAUUGGAGUGCCGAUGCAUACAUGGAAUGCUUGGAUCGUAGACACCAACAAUGUCGAAGAUUUGGUACCACCCGGUGGGGUAGGUGAGCUGCUGCUAGAAGGUCCCAGUCUGGGACGUGGCUAUCUCAACGAUCCUGCUUGUACGGCCCAGAAUUACAUUUCGGCCCCUUCAUGGCUCAUGCAGAUUCGACCCACGGCGUCACAUGGCUAUCGCUGCUUGAAUACAGGGGAUCUUGUUCGCCACUCCCCCAACGGAGCACUUGAGUACAUCCGCCGAAAGGAUGUAACCGAAGUAAAGAUCCGAGGGCAGCGUAUGGACCUUACAGAUGUUGAAAGACAUCUCGCCCGACAGUAUCCUACAUCUACUCAAGUCAUGGUGGAUAUUAUCAUUCCAUCCGAUGAUAUUGGCCACAAUGGCAUCAUGUUGGUUGGCUUCAUCCAUACGGAGUCCUCACAUCACAAUAUGCAAAACAAAAACGAUGAAAUAUUUGCUUCAAAAAUUGAGAGUCGUGCAAAGGCAGCCACUGUUCUUUCUGCCAUGAAGGAAGCGCUUCCUACAUUCAUGGUCCCAGACGUCGUUGUUGUUCUCAACCGGAUCCCAGCAACAACCUCAGGCAAGCUACACCGCGAUCGACUACGCCGCCUAGCCUCAAGAUUGCCUCGCAGCACUUUACUGGCGUACGGCGAUGUCUAG